CCGAAUCCCGCAACCUCGAUUAUUGCGGGAGCUCAUCCUUGCACUCACUCAUCCUUUCAGGCUCGACGAUGUUUUACUUGCUGGCUUGCCUAGGUAAUAUACCUGGCUCCUGCUUCCUAGGCACGGAAUUCGUGGUUUUCUGGGACAGCGGAAGUAAGUAAGGAAGUCUGCAGGCGGUAAAUCCGCAUUCUCUACACGUCAGGGUCCCGCCGUUUUGUCAGUUGCACCGCAUAAGUGGCAGGACUGUCGAGGUUGUUCAGCUUACUCUCUUUUCUGGGAGUUAGCCGAAUCUGUAACGGAUUCAUGUUCCAGAACUGACUAGAACGGAAUUUAUACUCCACAACUGAGUUCUAUCUGGGCCUUCUCAGAAAUUCAUCCCGUGUCGAUCUUGAUUGGAGCUCUGCUUGGUGAUAGACUCAUCCCUAGGCUGAUCUUGAUAAUAGCUUCUUCUAGGUGAUCUCGAACCCGAGCGAACGCUUAUCACCGUUGUUCUAGCUUCUACUAGUUGUUCGUUGGCGCGAGUGACGGACGAAAACUGUCAGGAUGCCGGGCGAGAUUGUAACGCUACAGGUCGGGCAGUGUGGUAACCAGGUGGCGAGCGAAUUCUGGCGACAGCUGUGCUUGGAGCACGGUAUCGGGCUCGAUGGCAACUUGCAAGACUUCGCGACUCAGGGCGGCGAUCGCAAGGACGUGUUCUUCUAUCAGGCGGACGACCAGCACUACAUCCCGCGCUCCGUACUAUUGGAUCUAGAACCCCGUGUAGUUAAGGGCAUCCAGGCGGGCGAGUUCCGGUCGCUGUUCAACGCGGAGAACGUGUACGUGGCGGAGCACGGGGGGGGCGCGGGGAACAACUGGGCGAGCGGAUUCGACCAGGCGCGCGCGCAGCAGGAGGAGAUCAUGGAGAUGAUCGAUAGAGAGGCCGAGGGGAGCGAGAAUCUGGAAGCAUUCUACCUUUGUCACUCAGUUGCUGGAGGGACAGGGUCAGGCAUGGGCUCGUAUCUCCUAGAGGAGUUGCACGACCGCUACCCCAAGAAGCUCGUCCAGACGUACAGCGUCUUCCCGAACCAAUCAGAGACGUCUGACGUGGUGGUCCAGCCGUACAACUCGCUGCUGACGCUGCGGCGGCUGACCCAGCACGCUGACAGCGUGGUGGUUCUGGACAACACGGCCCUCGAUAGGAUUGCAGCGGAGAGGCUGCGCCUGCCCCAGCCAACGUUUGCAGAGACGAACUCGCUGGUGGCCAUGGUGAUGGCGGCGAGCACGAAUACCAUCCGGUACCCGGGCUUCAUGAGCAACGACCUCACGUCGCUGGUGUCGUCCCUGGUGCCCACGCCGUUGUGCCACUUCCUGGUGUCCAGCUACACGCCUCUGACCGUGCAGAGACAGGAGAAUGUCAUUCGGAAGACGUCGGUCUUUGACGUCAUGAGGAGACUGCUUCAGCCACAGAACUGGAUGGUUUCUUCCCAUUAUGGCAGGGCCAGGGACGCGAGUGCUGCCCGGUACAUGGCCAUUCUGAACAUCAUCCAGGGGGAGGUGGAUCCGGGGGAGGUGAACAAGAGCAUGCAGCGGAUCAGGGAGAAGCAGGCGGCUUCAUUCAUAGAGUGGGGGCCAGCGAAUAUACAGGUGGCUCUCUCUCGUAGCUCGCCCUACGUGCAGACGGGCCACAAAGUGAGCGGGCUCAUGCUGGCCAACCACACGGGCAUGCGGCACCUGUUUGGGCGCUGUGUGAAGCAGUACGAGAACAUGCGCCGCAAGUCAGCCUUCCUUGAGCCCUAUAAGCAGUUCUCCAUGUUCUCUGACAACCUGGCGGAGUUUGACGAAUCACACGAGGUCGUACGCACAAUGAUUGAUGAGUACCGCAUGUGUGAGUCAUCAGACCCACUCGCAUAUGAGUUUGACGGAGCGGCAGCGUAACAGUGGGAUCAUAUGGCAUUGACCUAGUUUUUUAGCAUCGAAGUGGCUGUGAGAUGCGAGAGCAUUGCACUACUUGUGCGCUGUGGGUUUGAAUGCCGGUAACGAGGUGCCUCAAUUGUAGGUAACUUCUAGGGUAAGGUGUCUGUGGCCAUAAAUGUGUUAGAGCAAUUUAUCGUGUAUGAUCCUGCCCUUUUAGUGCUGAAGU